CGAGUUGGCAACAUUGUGAUAUGGUUGUCAUGUCAUUUGUAUUGUAAUAAUUUGUUGGUUUACAUAAAAAAUUUUACAGAUUUCGUUUGUACUUUUAUUGUAUUUUAAAUUGAGUGUGUAUCGUAUUUUUCACUGUUUCGUGUCAUUUGGGUGACUAAACUCAUAGCACGAUGACAAUGGGUGAUGAACUGCCUGUUACAUCCUUGGUUUUGCCAGUUCUAAUACGUCCUGUUUUGACACAGUUGGAAAAAUAUGACUUGGGAGCGUCGCAAACGUUGCGUGCAGCACUCACUAAAGCAGAAGCAGCAGUUCCAGGGCUUAACUAUGAUUUGGUGGCAGGAAUCAUGAGGAGAGCUGAUAUACCAGUUAAUAUGAAUGAAAGUUUACUUCGACUUCAAGGAACUCUCACUGAAACUGAAUGUGCAGAUUUGAGAUUGAAUAGAAGCGAGGAAGCAUUCCAAGAAUUGAAUAAGAAAUCCACAGCAUUGAAGAAAAUUUUGAGCCGUAUACCUGAUGAAAUUACUGACAGGAAAACCUUUCUUGAAACUAUUAAGGAAAUAGCAUCAGCCAUUAAGAAACUAUUAGAUGCUGUAAAUGAAGUGUCAACAUAUACCCCAGGACCUGGAAAGCAAGUGCUUGAACAGAGAAAAAGGGAGUUUGUUAAGUAUUCCAAGAGAUUUUCUAAUACAUUAAAGGAAUAUUUUAAGGAGGGACAGGCCAAUGCUGUGUUUGUUAGUGCACUAUAUUUGAUUCAUCAGACCAAUCAAAUCUUGUACACUGUUAAAAGCAAGUCUGAAUAAUCUGGCGAGUGAUGUAAAAUAAUUAUAUAUUUUUUUGUUGAUCAUAUUACCUAAUUGUUGCUAAUGGUGUCUGUUGUUUCUACAAUAAAUUAAUAAUAAUAGUUAAAAUUACAAUAAUAUUAUUAUUAAAAAUUUUAUUUUAGUAGAUAUAGUAUAUUUAAUUUUCAGUAUUUUACUGAAGUAUAUUGUUAUUGGCGAAUUAUAACUAAUUUUAAUUAUAAAUGUAGUUAGCACCAAAAGUUUUUGAAUACAUCCAGAUUGUCAAACACUGUAGGAUACAUAAGCCUACCAACAAAAUUAGCGCCAAUGGAUCAAUAUGCUAAAAGAUCAAAAUUUCCUAUAUAUAUUUUUGUGUAUGUACAAAGUCGUCGUUGUACAUACGUACACGAGAUUUGAAAAUUGGGAUGUGUGCUAAUCCUAGAAUUUGUAUUACUUUGACUUUUGGUACCAACUUCUACUUAUUUAAUAAAAAUACCGUAUAAUUAAUUAUCUUUGUUUUGAAUUAUAAUUAUGAAAAAAGACAUAUGAAAAUAAUGUAUAAAGUAAUUGUAAAAAGAAUUAUUGUUUAAAGAAUUGUAAUAAAAAGCUUCCAAUAAUAAGGCAAUUUCAAUAAAAAUGGUCAAUUGAAAAAAAAAAACAUUUACAUGAUACAUUAAAAUAAUAUUACAAAUAUUGUAGUAUAUUAUAAACUGUUGUAAAAUAAUCUACAUAUAGUUGUAUAAUUAGAAGGUAUGUUUGUCUUAUAAAUUGUAGUGCAUAUAUUUUGUUUUUAAAUAUAGUAAUAUACAUUUUACAUUAA